AUGAGUUUUGAUAGCAGCCUUCAGUUACAUUCUACACAAAGAACACCACUUAAUAGCAAAAAAGUUAGACAUUUAUUGGGAAGAGAAGACACAUUAAAUCUUACGCCGAUUCUUAACGAAACAUCUUUAUUCAAAACUCUUAACGAUACCAGUUUACGACAAGUAUUGGAUGAAUCGUCAAUAUUAGUAAAUAAUGGUAAUGCGGGAGAUGGAUUAAACGAAGCUUUUUUUGAAAUAAUACAAUCCAGUCGACCUAGCGCAGUUUUAAAUACGCUAGAGAGGUUAGCUCAAGUUUGCUGUGAUUCACUUGAGCUUGUUGAACCAUGGAAUAGGUAUAAUGCUCAAAAUUAUUGGCUUGCAGAAGAAGCCAACACAUGGAAGCUGUUACAUUGUUUGUAUGCUGAUUCAAUACAUGAGCAUCCAAAUUCCUUAGAAAAUAUUCUGGUAAAACCGACAUUAUCACAACAAACUUUAGUAGGAGCUUAUUUUCAAAGCGAAGCUGAAGUUCGGUUAUUGCAAUUGCUUGUUGAUUGGUUAGAAGCUACAGCAGCUUACCAGGAAGAAGCAACAAAUACCGCUGCUCCAAUCAUUGCAAAUAACAUUCAGUGGGGUAAUACUCUACAUCAGUUACUAAUAGGCUCUAGUUUAUUUAAUAAAGAUACAAACAAAGCAAUGAUUACAUGUAUGGACCCAGAUGCACCAAACCGGCAAAAUAAAAUUAUUCAUUCUGAUGAUAAGAAAGAUGAUUAUGACUUAUGCAAGAAAAUUUUCACAGAAGUUCGAUGUGGGAAGUUUACUGAAGCUGUUUCCUUGUGUAUCAAUUCUGGACAGGCUUGGCGGGGUGCCGUAUUGCAAGGCUGGAAGCUAUUACACUAUAAACCAGGAGAUGUUGAAGGUACAUUAGAGGUUUCUGGGAAUUCAUCUAGAGAUCUGUGGAAGUGGUGUGCCUUAGGUAUAGCUAAUAAUGUCUCAGAGAAUAUACAUUAUCGAGCUACUGUUGGAAUCUUAUGUGGUCAUUUACAAAGUGCCUUGACAGCUUGUCAAGGAAAUUGGGAAGAUCUAUUAUGGGCACAUUUGAGGGUACAAAUUGAAGCGAGGGUUGAUAAAUUUUUGCAUGAACAUUAUGCAACAGCCGAAGCCAACACUACAACACCUGAUGUUUUGGAGCUGCUUCAAAGUGAAUUACAGAUUGAUGAAUUGUCUUUACAAGAAGUAUUUAAUGCUGUGAAAUCUUUGAUGAAUGGUAAAAGGGAAUCAAAUUAUCAAACUUGUCAACGCCAUCUUAUGCUAGGUCAUGUCAGAACCAUAAUGCAAGAUGCAUUGGAGUGGCUUGAUAGUUCUGAAGAAAGGUUCAUAAGAUUUUUAGCACACUUAGUACUUGUUCUGAGACAGAUGGGUAAAGAUCCUCAGCAUGAUAUUGGAGAUAAAGUUUUGGAGAAAUAUGUGACUCAACUAAUUCGUAACUUAGCUGAAGGUUCUUGUGAAUGCCCUGAACUUAUUGCAUACUAUACUUCAACAGUUCCUGUUGAUAAGCAGAUUGUUUUGUAUGCUGAUUUUAUGGAUCACAUUGAAAAAAGUGAACAGAGAGAUGAUGUCGUCAAAGCUGGCAUUAGAGCUGGUGUUGAUGUGGCUGCAUCUGCUAGGGUUGCCAUUAAAAAGGCUAUAGCAGACAUACAGCAAGGUUAUGGAAAUGUAGAUUUAACAUUCACUCAAACAUCUGCAAUAGAAAAGGAUAAGACACUGAUCACAAAAGUUAUAUCUUCACUAGAAUGGCUUUCUUUAUUACCAAAUCAACUUGAAGAAGCAUUAUGGCUAAGCAAUGCUAUGAUACGCACAUUCAUAUUUAUUGGGAAUACAGAUGCCGCCUUACAAUGUGCGAACAGUAUCAAUAAGAUGUUUAAAGAUUUUGUGAAAAGCAUCCCAACUGAUUCGUCAGAAUUGAGAGAACAUUUGUGUUUAAAAUCUUAUUUAGAGGCAAUAGAAGGGUUUGCAACUUGGUACAGACAUUACAUAAGCGGUCAACCAAAAGAUAUAGAGCCAUUACAGCCAGAUGCUUCGUUCUCUGAUAAAGUACAUCAUGAGCAAAGAUGUGCUCAAGUGGAACAGCAAAAGGCUAGAUGGAAAAAUGCUGUUCUUCAUCAAUCUCGACACACCAAAAAUCUUCUAUACAAUGUUUUACUGUUCCCUGGUGGUUGGCUACAGGAUGAGAGUGAUAGCGUUAAGUCUCGUAGCUUCACUCAAGAAGAACAUGAUGAAAGAACUAAGCAAUUAAAUACUUUAAGACGCCUGUGUAUUCCAGAAAUAACAGUUUUGAUACUGAAAAUCUUGCAAAGUAACGAUGAUAUUGAAAACCACAGAGAAGCCGUCAUAAUAAGUGAUUUGAUUGCUGGUGAAAACCGCGGAUUAUACAAGGUGUUCACGAAAAAUAAACUUCUGGAAGUAUUAGAAAGGAUCAAAGAAUCCUCAUUGCUAUUGUUAGAAAAAGGAAGAGACAUUCUUGGUUAUGAACUAAAUGAU